UUAGGCACCGUCAUCAAGGUGCAGGUAUAUAAGCGCAGGACGCAUUAGGCGGAACAUACUGAAUCGCGAACCCUGACAUCAACAUGAAGUUCAUUCUCACCGCCCUCGCCUUGGUGCUUUUGGUGAGCUUGGCGUCAGCUGGCGGCUUCCACGGCGGCUGGUCCUCGCCGGUGUACCGCCGCGUGGUGUACACCGUACCAUCUUACAGCAGUGGCUGGUCCGGCGGCCACGGAGGCGGCUACGGGGGCGGCUACGGGGGCGGCUACGGGGGCGGCUAUGGAGGCGGCUACGGCGGCGGCUACGGAGGCGGCUACGGGGGCGGCUACGGUGGCGGCUACGGCGGUGGCUACGGCGGCGGCAAAGGAUGGAACAGCGGGUGGUGGUAGACGAGAACAAGGAACUAAUUGGCGUGCGAUUGAGUUGAUUCGUGAUUACAGUGAAGGAUAGUGUUAAUCAUUAGAAUACUAGCGAGAAACCGCAAAUAUGCUCACAGAUCCAAGAGUGCGUCAGAAAUAUUGCUUAGAUUUGAUGAUCAUUAUUGAACUAGAUUAGUUUUUAAAUUGGACUAUACGAAAUCGUAUCUAUUUCUAUUAUGCAUCAAAUGAAACUAAAGCAAUAUAUUAUUUCAUAAUAAACGCACACCGUUAAAGACGGGUCGGGUUAUAAUGGCACUUGCAGUAGAGAUAUUGACAUUAAUUGACACUAUCUCAGAAUUCGCAACAAAACUAGUGCCCUGUGCUCUUUAUGUAAGUAAUAAUGAGUGCAGUUGCAAGCCGCAUAUUACGAGUAGGUACUUACUGGGAAUGUUAAGUGAGUUAUUUCACAAACUGUGACAUUUGAUAUUUCCUCGUCAAAACAAGCGCUAGUUUUACUGGACUGACUCAAUCAAACGCCAAUCUUCGCUGUUUGUCGCAAAGUGACGCGUCUGGAACAUAUCGCCCAAGUGCAACCGCCGCCCGCGGCCGUCCGCAUUUGUUGCUACAUAGAGUAAAGCUUGAUUCACAUGAAGCAUAAAGCGUUGGCAUUAUAUAAGACUAAGUAAAAAGUGAUAUCAAAGAUAAUGUCCUCAAGAAAUAGUAUGGUUGUGUUUGAAUUGCCUAUCAGACCUAUAACUGUUGCUUGCAAUGCAACUCUUAGGCGCAAGAUCUUUGGUAUUUCCACAAAAGCUGUCAUGGGACAACAAGAAUUAAAUAAAGCAUUCGAAAGAUAUCUGUUAAAGUAAGCUUUUGAAAUGUAACUCGAGUAGGUAAAUUGCAAUUUAUGAUUGCUAGUGUGAAUCAAGCCUUACUCAUUAAUUAGCCAAAAUACGCAGAUUAAUCUAACUGGGUUAAUUCGGCCAUAAACUCCUCACAUCCAGCGACUACUUCAUGCGACUAAAAUACACUUAAACUCUUUUUUGUAUAACGUUGCCUAUUUUCUGUGAUAUUCUAUCAAUAAUUAAAUGGUACUAACCCAAA